UUAAGCUGCUGCUCUCGCGUAACGUUAGCUGUGGGCUAAAAUGACACAGAACCGCUGAAGGGACGCUGCAAAGUCAGCAUGACAAAACCUACAUUUAUUUAUUACGAACGUUAUAUAUUUGGAACAACGGUACAUUGAAGUAGCUAUGUUAACCGUUUAACUAAUUUGCUAGAGGAAGUUACCUGUUUGCUGCUGUAAUAUAGUUAACUCUAUCCUGCCAAAGAACACGGCUAGCUAGGAGUAUCCCAUUCGCAGCCAUCCCAUGUUUACUCGGCACCUGAACGCGGUGGCCUCUAGCUGGUCCAACUCGGCACAGGCAUCAUUGGGGUGGUGGAGGAGUCCGUGCCUGGUCAAUCCCUCAUGGUGGUUUGGGCAGGCACCCUGGCCUCAACUGUCUCACCACAACAGACACUUUCACGUCAACGUCGGAAACCCGGGCGCUCAGGAUUUCGGAACUUGGCGACAAGCGACACCGCGGUUCUUUUCCCCUCCUCAUCAAAGGGCAUUCCAUCUUUCCCACGGACUCUUGGAUAACAUGGAACCUCCACACAAGAGGAGGAGAACCUCAGAUGUGGAGAGGGACGGACAGAAGCUGCGGAAUUCACCCAGCCGUUCACCCAGUCACCAGACGCAAGGAAGAGGGUGCCCAAAUAGUGGGAUUCCUAAUGGUCCUUCUCCGGAGGAAAUUCAGACAUGUCCUCCAAACUUAGGACAGCCCACAGAAAUUAACAGACAGUGGGAGGAGUUAUCGCACCUUCAUAAGCACAGAUCAAAGUCUCAUGGCGCCAAGCCCUUUGAAUUUUCUGUGAUGUCAUACAACAUCUUGGCCCAGCAGCUCCUACAGGAAAACCCUUAUUUAUACAAACACUGCCAUUCGUCGAUACUUGACUGGAACUAUCGCUUCCCCAACAUACUGAAGGAACUCAAGAUACAUAAUGCAGAUAUAUUGUGUCUACAAGAAGUGCAAGAGGACCACUAUCAAAAUCAGCUCAAACCCAGUCUAGAGUCUUUAGGGUACCAGUGCGAGUAUAAGAGGCGCACGGGCAGGAAGUCGGACGGGUGCGCGGUGAGCUUCAAGCGGGACCGCUUCUCCCUGGUGUCGCUGCACCCCGUGGAGUACUUCCGCCAGGACGUGCCCAUCCUGGACCGGGACAACGUGGGCCAGGUGCUGCUGCUACACCCGCUACACCAACCUGACCCCCCCGGUGCCCCCUCCCCCCCUGGCCCGGGACCGGUCCUGUGCGUGGCCAACACGCACCUCCUGUACAACCCCCGGCGGGGAGACAUUAAGCUGGCCCAGCUGGCCGUGCUGCUGGCCGAAAUCACUCGGGUGUCCCGUCUCCAGGACGGCUCGGCCUGCCCCGUCGUCCUCUGCGGGGACUUCAACUCCGUGCCCUGGUCCCCCCUCUACAACUUCAUCCGGGACAGCAGGUUGGAGUAUGAGGGGAUCCCCAUCGGGACGGUGUCCGGUCAGGAGGAGAAUCCCAAAGGCCAGCGUCUCCUCCCCGUGCCCAUCUGGCCCCAGAGCGUGGGCAUCAGCCAGCACUGCCAGUACGAGAGCCAGCCAGGGUCCGACGCAGGUGACCCGUCUCUCCACGUGGCUGAUGGGAGGACCUCCUGUCCCUCAGACAAAGAAUGCACAGAGGAAGCCGUUGCACCACUCAAACAGUUUUGCCGACCCACUAUAGCCCACUGUCUGAGGCUCACCUCGGCCUACACCCACCGGCUGAAAGACGGCCGCCAAGAGGUCACCACCUGCCACUCCAGGACUGCCAUCCCCGUGGACUACAUCUUCUACUCCGCAGCGCAGAGCGACGUGGUGCAGCCAGAAUGCAGUGGGGCUCCAGAGCGGGGGCUACAGCUCCUGGCCAGACUGACGCUGGUGGACAAGAGGGACUUGUGGAUGGCCGGUGGUCUGCCCAACGUGCGCAACUCGUCCGACCACCUCCCCCUGCUCACGCGCUUCCGCCUCUGUCCCUGACCUCAUGUCCACGGCCAGCGGACUCUCACCAGCACAAACUGUCACCCGGGCCUCGUUCACUGUGUCUCUGCGUCGAAAAACGGGGAACAUGUUUUUCUUUUUCUUUCUUUUUCGUCGGAUGCACAGAUGGCAUUGAACCUGGGCCGAUCUCAGCAAAAUAGGAGAAGAAUGGACUACUGUGUCAGUCAGGAAACGUGUAAGGACUUCAUCAAUGAAUGUUUACUUCUCUAAAAGGACUUGUGCAUCACGUUGAGUGCACAUUGAGAUGCGUUGUGUUGAGACUGGCCUACAGUAUUUGUGCGUCUGUGAGGGCAGACUCAUCAAGAUGUUUCUUGUUCAUGCCAGGAAUAUGUAGAUACUGCAUUGGUUAGGUUCUGGCUUUUAAAAACAAAUUAUAAUAAUCUUCUUCUGUUGUACUUACAUCUUUACCUGCAUUGAUUUAUUAUAAUUUAUUACUUGAACAUACAGUCAUGUAGAAGAUCAGAGAUUUUAAAGUUUUAUUUUUCUGAUGUUGGCAUUUUGGUGGGUAGGAAGAAUUUUAUUCAGUUUUUAACCAUUCGUUAAUAUUGUUGUCUCCUAGCAGAAUUAUAUUGUAAAUGGAUACAAGGAGCCUGACAGAAACGCAUGUAUUAAGGUGUUUUAUAUAUCAUGAAAGGUUUUUUUUCUGCCACUGCUGUGCAGGAGAGUAAUUUCUGCUUUGUUACUCGAUGACAAGAUCUUGGUAUUGAAUAGGAAAUAAAUCUAUUUAAAGCCAGUAGACCAAAUUACUGGUGACUUGAAGAUUUGUUGCAGAUUUUCACCAUUGUAUUUGAGAUCAGUCUUAUUACUUUUGUUUACUGGUUGAAUUGCCAGUGAUUAAAUCUGAGAGAAAAUUAUUCAGAAAGUCCCUGAAGUAAAACAGUGUUCGAGUUGGAUUUACUGGUUCCCAUAAUACCAAGGGAACACAUUUUAUCUGGUGCAAAGAUCUAGUACACAUUCAGGGUAGAGAACAGACCAAGCAUGAAGAACCCAUAGUUCAGCGCAAAAUAAAAAAAAAAACAAGAAAAAAUCUCAUUAAGUAUACCUACAGGUGAGGAAUGGCCUUUGUCAGGUUCUUGACAGGCAAUUUCUUCCCAGCAUGCCUGAGUGUUUUUGUUAUUGUCUGAAAUGUAUGUGGAUUGUGCUGUACAAGCCUAAAGCGGACCAGCAUCACUUAGCAGACUACACAUCUUUAACUCCACCCGUGGGACUCGUGUGGUACUCGUGUGUAUGUAGUUGUAGGAAAUGUAGUUCUGCACAUGGUGUCACUGAAGCUGAGAACUAACAGAUCUUACAGGCAUGUUCACUGGACCGCAUCAUUUGUUACAUUGGUUUGUUCUGUUUGCUGCCUUUCCUCUAGAUAACCCAGCGCAUGCCGCUUAAACAUUGCAGAUGGGUGGACCUUAAAGUACAGGAUGAGAUUGGUGCCAAAACUUUAUUUUAUCCAUCUUGCAUUUUUAGCUUUGAGGAUUCCUACACAAUCUAUGCUUCACAAACUAUGUUUGUGUCAAAUGAAAUUCAUGUAAAACUCAGGGCCAGUAAUCCACAUGUACACACUCCCAGUUAAUGUAAAAAUGUAAUGUUGAAUUUGUUUUUACGUUAUGUUAUUGAGUCCCCUACAAUUUUGGUUUCUCGCAAAUAAAGGGGCGAGUGAAAC